AUAUUGAGAAAGUACAAAAAGAAAGACAUGGCAAGGGCCAAAGGGGGGGACACAAUUAAGUUGGAGAUAAAGUAAUAGAAGUCCAAAACAAAAGAAACAAUAAUGAUGGAUUGCAAUUAGCCACCUGACAAAAUCUCUCAUCAUUCAAAGUACUAUAUUAAUCCCCUCUCUUCUUCAAUACCAUCUCACAUCUCUCUCUCUCUCUAUUUCUCUCCCUCAAGAGUCCUAACUUCGAGUUGAAACAAACCAUCUGUAUUAUUUUCAAGCUAAUUUCUUUCUCUACUCAGAAGAACAAAACCUUUUCGUGUUCUUUCUUUCUUUCUCUAUUCUCCUAAGAAAAGAUAAUUCUUGAAACUGUUGAGUUCUUGUGGAGGAAAUCAAAUCAUGAUGAUGGGAAAAGAAGAUCUGGGUUUGAGCUUAAGCUUAGGGUUUUCACAAAACAGCAAUCCUCUUCAGCUGAAUCUGAAUCCUAACUCUUCAUUAUCAAACAAUCUCCAGAGAUACCCAUGGAACCAAACAUUCGCUCCUACAUCAGAUCUUCGCAAAAUAGACGUGAAUAGUUUUCCAUCAACGACUAACUGCGAGGAAGAAACAGGAGUUUCGUCUCCAAACAGUACGAUCUCAAGCACCAUAAGUGGCAAGAGGAGUGAGAGAGAAGGAAUCUCCGGCACCGGCGUUGGCUCCGGCGACGAUCACGAUGAGAUCACUCCGGAUCGAGGGUAUUCACGUGGAACCUCCGACGAAGAAGAAGACGGCGGCGAAACGUCGAGGAAGAAGCUCAGGUUAUCAAAAGAUCAAUCUGCUUUUCUCGAAGAGACAUUCAAAGAACACAACACUCUCAAUCCCAAACAAAAGCUAGCUCUGGCUAAGAAGCUGAACUUGACGGCAAGACAAGUGGAAGUGUGGUUCCAAAACAGAAGAGCUAGAACCAAGUUAAAGCAAACGGAGGUAGAUUGCGAGUACUUGAAACGGUGCGUAGAGAAGCUAACGGAAGAGAAUCGGAGACUUCAGAAAGAGGCUAUGGAGCUUCGUACUCUCAAGCUGUCUCCACAAUUCUACGGCCAGAUGACUCCACCCACUACGCUCAUCAUGUGUCCUUCGUGCGAGCGUGUGGCUGGCCCAUCAUCAUCGAACCAUCACCAUAAUCAAAGGCCCGUUUCGAUCAACCCGUGGGUUGCUUGUGCUGGUCAAGUUGGUCAUGGGCUGAAUUUUGAAGCCUUGCGUCCACGAUCGUGAUUUUUAAUUUAGUGAGGAAAGGGUGUUUUGGUAUUUUUUGUUAUUGUUAUGGUCUAUCUGUGUAGGGUCAUUGUAAUUUUGGAUGAUUGGCCUUCUCAUGAACUAGUCCUAUAGUCCUAUGUAUGAUCUGCAACCUUAAAAUAUUUAAAUUAGCAAAAAUUAGUUACAAUCUCGCAAUCUUAA